UCGAUAGUUUCAGCGAGCGAUUUGUUAUAUAACUUGCAAAGAUGUCGGCUCUUCUGAAGCAUCCUCUACAGCUAGGCCUAUACCACACCCUUGUCACUACGCACCUCCCCAUUCGACAUCUCAGAAUUUCAGCAUCUGCAUGGACAAUAGCUUCAAGGGAGAGCAGUAUUCCUCAGAGGUACAUAGGACAGCCUACCUCAUACACCCACCAGCACCUCCUGAGAGAUGAUGAGAUCACACCAGGUAUUACCGCCCAGGAGUUCAGGGGUCGCAGGCACAACCUCAUGUCGGGCAUCAAGAAAUCAAUGUACAGUGACUGCCCUCACCAUGUCGCCGUGAUCCUUGCUGCUGACACCAAGUACAUGACCGACGAGAUACCAUACCCAUUCCGUCAGAACACAGACUUCUUGUACCUCUGUGGUUUCCAGGAACCUUCAAGUGCUUUAGUCCUGGAGAGCAUUGCAGGGAGUCCACUCCCAGAUCAUAAAGCAACUGUCUUUGUCCCCCAGCGAGAUGCUGAUAGGGAACUCUGGGAUGGCCCGAGAGCGGGCAUCGAUGGAGCACUUAGCUUCAUAGGAGUAGACGAGGCCCAUGUGAUCAGUGACUUGAGUGAGUACUUGGAUCAGUAUGCCAGCAGGGAAAAGCUUGUUGUUUGGUAUGAUGUCUUCAGGAAUGUUAACAGCCACCUGCACAAGGAUGUCGUCAGUAAUCUUGUGACCCCAUGCCGGAACAAAGGCCACGCUGUGAACAUUCUACAGCAACUCAUGCAUUCCAUCCGGGUCAUCAAAUCCCCUGCAGAAAUCCAACUGAUGCGUGAGUCCUGCAGCAUCGCAUCUCAGGCCUUUGUUGAUGUGAUGCGCUUCACAAAACCAAACAUAAACGAAGCCAAUCUGUAUGCAAAAAUGGACUUUGAGGUUAGAUUGAAUGGGGCAGAGUUCCUUGCAUAUCCUCCGGUUGUUGCUGGGGGUAACCGUGCUAAUACAUUGCAUUACGUGAAGAACAAUCAGAUUGUACUCGGUGGAGACAUGGUGCUGAUGGAUGCUGGAUGUGAGUACCAUGGUUACGCAAGCGAUAUCACCAGAACAUGGCCAGUCAGUGGAAGAUACACUGAAGCCCAAGCCAGCCUCUACCAGUCUGUCCUAGAUGUUCAGCAGGAGUGCCUGGACAUGUGUGAAGUAGGAACCACACUAGACCAGAUCUAUCAUCGCAUGCUCAAUGGACUGGGCCAGAAACUCCAGGAUCUUGGCAUUGUGCCAAAGUGGAUGAAUAAUGCGGAGCUGAUUAGGGCAGCCAAGAAAUACUGCCCUCAUCAUGUGGGACACUACUUAGGGAUGGACACGCAUGACACUCCUCAGGUAUCCCGUAGCAACCAGCUGCAGGCAGGCAUUGUCAUUACAGUCGAACCAGGACUGUACCUCCCUGCGAGUGACAAUGACAUACCCCAAGAGUUCCGAGGGAUGGGAAUCCGAAUUGAAGACGACGUGUUGAUCACAGACAGAGCUCCUGAAGUACUCACUGCAGAGUGUCCAAAGGAAAUGUCCCUCAUAGAAAGUAUAAUGGGGGGAAAUUUAUGACGUAGCAGACACUGAAUUGAAACUUACGAGCAAUAAUAAAUUGAAUAUCAUUAUGAGCACCAAUGUAUUUAUGAAUUGUCUUUUCCAUCCUUUACUUUAUUUCAUAUAGUAUUAAGAAAGAACAGAUUAUCCAUUGGUUUGUUUUUAUUAGAUCUAACAUUUUCAUGUUCUGCCCAUCAUCACAAUGACAUCUAUGCAA